AUGGGAGUCGAGUCAACGAUUGCGAAUUACCUAGGCAGCGCCACCGGGAGUUUAAGCUGGUUUUUCCCCGCGCUUGCUAUGGCUAUUUCGUAUUUUCAACUAGAAGUAAUGGAUAAAGAGUCCCAGCCAAUUGACAUGCCGACAGAAUUACUUCAUCCUGCUUACGACUUCAUCGUCGUCGGUGCUGGAUCCGCAGGCGCAGUAGUAGCUAGCCGCCUGUCGGAGAUAGAAAACUGGAAUGUUCUACUGCUGGAAGCCGGAGGGGACGAAACGGAAAUUUCCGACGUUCCAUUGCUGGCUGGAUAUCUCCAGCUAAGCAAACUUGACUGGAAAUACAAAACAGAGCCUCAAGGCGACGCGUGUCUUGCAAUGGAACAAGGCCGUUGCAAUUGGCCGCGCGGAAAAGUCCUAGGUGGCAGCAGUGUCCUGAACUACAUGUUAUACCUGCGGGGUAACCGGAAAGACUACGACAUCUGGGAACAGCAAGGAAACCCUGGUUGGAGUUCCAAGGACGCAUUGUACUACUUCAAGAAGUCUGAGGACAACAAGAACCCAUACUUAGCCAACACGGUCUACCAUUCUACCGGAGGAUACCUGACAGUGCAAGAAGCGCCCUGGAGGACGCCAUUGGCGACUGCCUUUGUAAAAGCUGGCCAAGAGAUGGGUUACGAGAUUCGGGACAUAAAUGGCGCCCGUCAGACGGGAUUCAUGAUCGCCCAGGGGACCAUCAGGGACGGGAGCCGCUGUUCCACCUCCAAGGCCUUCUUAAGGCCUGCUAGACUUAGGCAGAACUUGCACGUCGCCCUGAACUCCCACGUGACCAAGGUGUUGAUCGAUCCAACGACAAAGCGGGCCUACGGAAUAGAAAUGAUGCGCGAGGGAAAGAUGUACAGGAUCCAGGCGAAGAACGAGGUCAUUUUGUCGGGUGGCUCCGUCAAUUCUCCGCAAUUGUUGAUGCUUUCGGGCGUGGGACCUAGGGAUCAUUUAGAACAAUUGGGAAUUCCGGUGAUCCACGACGCAGCUGUGGGGCAGAAUCUCCAGGAUCAUGUAGGACUAGGAGGACUGACUUUCUUGGUGAAUCAAGAGGUUUCUAUGGUUGAAAAUCGGCUCCACAGUGUCUCUUCAGUGAUGAGGUACGCCAUCUUCGGCGACGGACCGCUUACUGUCUUAGGAGGCGUAGAAGGGCUCGCUUUUGUUAAUACCAAGUAUGUAAACGCUACGGAAGACUUUCCUGACAUUGAGCUGCACUUUAUCUCCGGAUCGACGAAUUCAGACGGUGGAAGACAGAUCAGGAAGGUCCAUGGGAUCACUCAGAGGUUCUACGACGCAGUUUUUGGGGAAAUCAGCAACCGGGAUGUGUGGAGUGUCAUUCCGAUGCUGCUCAGGCCCAAAAGCAAGGGUUUGAUCAGGUUGAGGAGCAAGAACCCCUUCGACCAUCCUUUGAUCUAUCCGAAUUACUUCAAGGAGCCGGAAGACAUUGCCACGCUGGUAGAGGGCGUUAAAAUUGGCGUUGCGUUAAGUAGGACAGCCGCGUUUAGAAAGUAUGGAAGCGAGUUGAAUCCAAAACCUUUCCCCGGCUGCCAGCAUAUCCCGCUUUACACUGAUCCGUACUGGGAGUGCAUGAUUAGGCAUUAUUCCGCGACUAUUUAUCAUCCGGUGGGAACUUGCAAGAUGGGGCCCAGUUGGGACAGUGAGGCUGUCGUUGAUCCUAAGCUUAGGGUCUAUGGAGUUACUGGGUUGAGGGUUAUUGAUGCUUCUAUCAUGCCGAAUUUAGUCAGUGGGAAUACUAAUGCUCCUGUGAUUAUGAUUGGGGAAAAGGGGGCCGAUAUGAUUAAGGAAUUUUGGCACAAAAGGAAACAUGGGUUCAGUGUUUGGAUAACAAAACCACCUUCAAGUUUAAACAAAAUGGAAAAAGGGAUCAUAUUUCUGACGCUGUUGAAAGCUGGAGCGAUGUCAUCAUCACUGCACUCGCUGGAGUACGUCCCGGAGUGGAAUGUAACUUACGCGUGUGAGAUGUUUGACGCGAACAAUAAGUGCCAAUUUGAAGACAUAAUUUAUUCUCCGAGAGCGUGUGGGCAGAAUAUGACAGCGUUUAUGCUGAUGCUUCAGACUUUGAUGGUAUCAACGUGUGAUAUUGCGGAUCCGUGUCGACGAACUGGAACUAAUACUAUCAAGGAUGAUGAAGUGUAUGACUUUAUAAUCGUGGGCGCUGGAGUAGCUGGACCAGUUGUAGCGAGAAGAUUAGCUGAGCAAGAGCCCUGGUGGCGAAUUUUGCUGAUAGAAGCCGGUCCGGAAGAGCCUACCAUGACUGCUUUUCCAGCGUUCGCGUUUAGUGCCAUAAAUUCGCAGCUAGAUUGGAAUUUUACAACUGAACCGACUCAGCCGCAUCCAACCGCUUGUUUGAAGUCCGGAGGAAGAUGUACUUGGCCGAGAGGCAAGAUGGUCUCAGGAACUGGCGGGUUGUACGGAAUGAUGUACGUAAGAGGCCACCCUGAGGUCUACAAUCGAUGGGCCCAGGCUGGAAAUGAAGGCUGGUCUUAUCAACAAGUUCAGCAUUAUUUUGAAAGAGCGGAAAAUCCGGAAAUUCCGGGGUUGACUUCUGGGAGUCUUUUCAAGCGGACUAAAGUUGCAGGUCCGUUGAAGAUUGAUUACUUUCCGUACAAGCCGCCUUUUGGCGAUGAAAUCCUGAAAGCUGCGUCGGAAUUGGGCUACAGCACUACUAGGCUUUACGGUGAGAAGCAGACUGGGUUCAUGGUAGCUCCGAUGAUGACUGAAAGAGGGCUAAGAGGAACCACUUCUAGGUUCUACUUACGGCCUAUUGUUCACAAGUCCAAUUUGAAGGUCCUUACUAAUGCGCAUGUGACGAAGAUCAUCAAGAGUCCUUGGAGCAAGAAUGCUUGGGGAGUCGAAUUGAUUGAUAAGUUUGGAGUAAAAAGGAGAAUUAAGGCUGACAAAGAGGUUGUCUUGACUGCGGGAGCAGUUGGUUCGCCGCAAAUUUUGUUGUCUUCGGGAAUAGGCCCGAGAAAUGAUAUGAAAAAAUUGGGGAUUCCGUUGUAUCAUGAUCUUCCAGUAGGACAGAACCUUCAUAACCACGUGUCUGUUGGCCUGAAGAUGAGCAUCAAUGAUACAUAUUAUGAGGACAUCACUCUUGAUGCUAUCAACGAGUAUUUAACUAAUCAGACUGGGCCGUUGACAAGCACUGGGUUGACACAGGUGACUGCUUUUCUUGAGAGUUCCUUCGCUACUCCGGGAGUUCCCGAUAUACAGGUCUUCUUUGAUGGCUUUAGUUCCUCUUGUCCGAGAACUGGGCAAGCUCAUGAAUGCUUUGAUGGAAGCUUCGGUGUUUGUCCGAGAAGGAGGGAAAUUUUGGCAAGGCCCACUACGGUAGUUGUCAAGUCUCGAGGAUUUUUGACCCUUAGAUCGGUGAAUCCGUUAGAUUCGCCGGUGAUCUAUCCAAACUAUUUUACUGAUGACCAGGACUUAAAAGUGUUGAUCGAGGGGGUUAAAAAGGUGAUUGAACUUACGAAAACAGAGACUAUGAAGAAAUGGGACUUGAGAGUCGAUGAUACAGUUUUGCCGGAUUGUGCUAAGUACCCUUUUGGAUCUGACGCUUAUUGGGAGUGUUAUAUUAGGAUGGAGACUGGCCCGGAGAAUCAUCAAUCCGGAACCUGCAAAAUGGGACCCAAAAGCGAUCCCCAAGCUGUUGUGGAUAAUGAAUUAAGAUUGCAUGGGAUUUCUAACAUCAGAAUUGCUGACGCAUCGAUAUUUCCUAAUGUUCCCAACUCAAAUCCGUGUGCUGGUAUCAUUAUGACUGCUGAGAAGGCUGCUGAUAUGAUUAUCAACACUUGGGAAGAUAAAAUGGACUGUUUGACUCAAACAUGUGGAUUGGCAGCAAACGGUUCGUCCCCACAACUAUUCAUCCAAUUGAUUCAGACUCUUUUGGUGGCGCAAUGUGGCCUUGGGGGAACAGAAGAGUAUCCUCGGGAUCGAACAUCCGAAAUCUUGGAAGCUCUUGAAGAACCAUUUGAUUUUAUAAUUGUUGGUGGAGGAUCAGCUGGAUCGGUUCUAGCGGCGAGACUAUCUGAAAAACCCGAUUGGAAAGUGUUGUUGAUAGAAGCUGGGACGUAUCCUUCAGUGAUGAGUGAUGUUCCGGGCAUGGUUCUGACUCUGCAAGGUUCAGAAGAAGACUACGCUUACCAAGUAGAACCUCAGAGCAAUUUCUGCCUGGGAAUGAUUGGCAAGCGUUGCAAAUGGGCGAAAGGAAAAGUUCUGGGCGGAAGCUCUGCCAUCAAUGCUAUGCUGUAUGUCCAUGGUAACAAUCGGGAUUAUGAUUCUUGGGCUGUCGAGAGCGAAGGCUGGGGAUACGAAGCUAUCCUUCCGUAUCUUAAGAAAUCGGUGAAUUAUCCUCGUGAAGACAUCCAGAAGUUUGGAGAUAAGUAUUUUGGAAAUGAUGGACCUAUUGAUGUUCGGAAAUUCAACUACACUGAUUCUGCUUUUCAAGAAGUUUACUUGAAAGCUGUUUCAGAAAAGGGUCUUCCAGUGUUGGAUGCCUUCAACAUGGACCGAUUUGUCGGUUUUGGAAAAGCUCAUGGUACUGUUGAAAACGGACGUCGCCAAAAUGUGGCCCGAGCUUUUCUUUCGCCGGCUAAAAAUAGGAAGAAUUUAUUCGUGAUGACUUCGACGAGGGCGGAUCAAAUUUUGAUGGAAGGAAAUCGUGCAUCGGGAGUUAAGGUCACGUUGAAGGACGGAAGAACAGUCGAUUUGAGGACGAAAAAAGAAGUUGUGCUUUCUGCUGGAUCUAUUGCUUCUCCGCAAUUGCUGAUGCUGUCCGGAAUUGGGCCUAAAGAUGAUCUAGAGGCUUUGGAUAUCAAAUGCAAAGCAGAUCUUCCAGUAGGAAAGAAUCUUCAGGAUCACAUAGCUUGGUUGGGUCUCCAAUUAGAAUUUCCAAAUAGGUUAGGUCAAGCCCAAACGAAAUUGCCAUUUAAUGUGCUGGAUGAAGCCUACCAAUACCUUAUUCACAGAAAAGGUGAGUUUUCAAAUGUUGGAGGCGUUGAUUUGCUUGGAUUCGUUAAUGUUGAAGAUCCAGAGUCUGCAUAUCCUGAUCUUCAAUUCCAUCACCUUUAUGUUCCACAAGGAUAUGUGUUUAAAGUAGAUGCCAUGUUAGCAGCCUUUAGUGUUGAUGAGAGUCUAACUGAAGUUUUUAAGAAAGCUACUCUUGAUUCUGAUAUAGUUUAUGUGAUUCCAACGUUGUUGAAACCGAAAAGUGUUGGAGAACUUAAGCUUCGUAGCAAAUCUCCAGGUGAUCCAGUGAAGAUUUUUGCGAACUACUUGACUGUUGAAGAAGAUACUAAGAAGAUGCUGAAAGCGGUUGAACUCGUUAAAGGUCUUCUGGAUGCUGAGACCUUCAAGAACUUGGGUGUCAAAUUAAGGAACUUUGGUAUUCCUGGCUGCAAGGAUUUCAAGUUUGACAGCUCAGAGUACUGGGAAUGCAAUAUUAGACACACUGCUGGUACUCUUUAUCAUCCAGUUGGAACAGUGAGAAUGGGAAGUCCUGAUAGUUCUAAAUCUGUUGUGGAUUCUACAUUAAAAGUUUUGGGAAUUGAAGGACUUCGCGUUGUAGACGCGUCUAUCAUGCCGGUUAUUACUAGUGGUAACAUACAUGCGGCUACUUUGAUGAUCGCGGAGAAGGGAGCUGAUUUGAUCAAGCACCAAUGGGGUUCUAAAGAUGAAUUUUGUCCAUCUCCAAUCAGUGGAUCAUCACCAGUAAUAUUCACCCAAUUCAUUCAGACACUUGUAGCAGCCCAGUGUGCACUUGGAAGAAUCGAUGACUAUCCUCCAGAUCGCACAGCUGAAAUUUUGGAAAUUCUUGAAGAUCCAUUUGAUUUCAUAAUUGUUGGUGGCGGAUCAGCUGGAUCAGUUUUGGCAUCAAGAUUGUCCGAAGAACCUAAUUGGAAAGUGUUACUUAUAGAAGCUGGGACGUAUCCUUCAGCUACUAGUGAUAUUCCGGGCUUAUUUUUGGGCCUGCAGAAAACUGAAGAGGACUAUGAUUACCUCCUGGAACCGCAGAGCGAUUUCUGCCUGGGAAUGAUUGACAAUCGUUGCAAAUGGGCGAAAGGGAAAGUUCUGGGUGGGAGUUCGACAAUAAAUGCUAUGUUAUACAUUUAUGGAAAUAAUAAGGACUUUGAUUCGUGGGCAGCGGAAGGUAACCAAGGUUGGGGUUAUGAGGACGUCCUUCCCUACUUUAAGAAAUCGGUUAAUUAUCCGCAUGAAGUGAUCCUGAAAUAUGGAGACCGGCAUUACGGAAGUGACGGCCCGCUGAGUGUACGCUCUUACAAUUACACCGAGUCGAAUAUUCAGGAUAUUUUUCUACAAGCAGCUAAAGAAAAGGGAAUCCCAACCUUGGAAAUUCUCAACGGAGACCAUUUUAUAGGGUUUGGCAGAGCGCAUGGAACUUUAAGCGAUGGACGUCGUAACAAUGCAGCAAAAGCUUUUCUUUCGCCGGCUAAAAAUAGGAAGAAUUUAUUCGUGAUGACUUCUGCGAGGGCAGACCAAAUUUUGGUGGAAGGAAAUCGCGUAUCGGGAGUUAAGGUCACGUUGAAGGACGGAAGAACAGUCGAUUUAAGGACAAAGAAAGAAGUUGUGCUUUCUGCUGGGUCUAUUGCUUCUCCGCAAUUGCUGAUGCUGUCCGGAAUCGGGCCUAAAGAUGAUCUGGAGGCUUUGGACAUCCAGUUCCAUAACCUGUUCAUUCCGCAAGGCAACUCUGUUCUGAUGGCCGACUUGGUGAAAGCUAUGGGCUUGAAUCAAAAGUUGAAUGACUAUCUAACCAGUUUAUCAAAGAAUACCAGCACUAUUUUCAUGUGUCCUACUUUGCUGAAGCCGAAAAGCGUUGGAGAGAUUAAAUUACGCAGCAAGUCACCCAGUGACCAAGUUAUGAUUUAUUCCAACUAUCUUAGUGAUGAAGAUGAUACAAGAUUGAUGCUCAAAGCUGUUGAGUUUGUAAAAGACUUUGUCGACUCCGAACCUUUUAAGAAAUUGGGUGCUAAGUUGAGGCAGGUUGUUAUUCCUGGAUGUGAAAAUUUUGUGUUUGAUAGCUCACAGUACUGGGAGUGCAGUCUUAGGCAUAUGUCUAGCACUGUUUAUCAUCCAGUCGGAACCGCGAGAAUGGGAUCUUCUGGAAAUCCUAAGUCUGUGGUUGAUUCAACGUUGAAGGUUCUAGGAGUUGAGAGUCUUCGUGUUAUAGAUGCUUCGAUCAUGCCCGAUAUUAUGGAAAGUUGCCAAUCUAACUGCACAUCUCCGAUCAGCGGUCCAACCCCAGUAAUAUUCUCUCAACUACUUCAGACACUUUUGGUCGCGAAAUGCAGUCUCGGAAGAAUAGACUCUUAUCCUCCGGACCGCUCCUCAGAAAUUAACGAAAAUUCCGAGUUCGACUUUAUAAUAAUUGGGGGCGGAUCAGCUGGAUCUGCUCUAGCUGCCCGAUUGUCCGAAGAACCUGACUGGAAAGUGUUGUUAAUAGAAGCCGGAACUUAUCCUUCAGCAAAAAGUGACGUUCCGGCUUACUACUUGGAUCUGCAAAGGUCCAGAGAAGACUAUUCCUACAAAACAGAAUCAAACAAUGUUAGUUGUCUAGGUAUGGUCAAUAAAAGUUGUCUUUGGCCUCGAGGUUUCGCUCUAGGCGGAACUUCUGUCAUCAAUUCGAUGAUACAGAUCUAUGGGAACAAGGGGGACUACGAUUCGUGGGCAGCUGAAGGGAAUGACGGCUGGAACUACGAAGAUGUCCUUCCGUACUUCCGAAAGUCGACAAACUAUCCUUGGGAAAUAAUUGAAGCCUACGGAACUAGGUACUUUGGAAGAGAUGGACCAGUGAGGAUUAGAUCUUAUAAUUACUCGGAGACAGCUCUACCAGAGAUGUUGUUGCAAGCAGCCAAGGAGAGAGACAUCCCGAUUUUGGACAUGUUCAACACCGAACGGUUUAUAGGAUUUGGGAGAGUUUAUGGAACCAUUGAUAGCGGACAAAGAGUCAGUGGAGCGAAGGCUUAUCUUUCUCCGGUGAAAGAGAGGAAGAACCUCUUUGUGAUGACUUCUACAAGAGCUGAUCAGAUUUUGAUCAACGACUAUCGAGCAACUGGAGUCCGUGUUACGUUUGGAGAUAAUAGAACACUCGAAUUGAAGGCUUCGAAGGAAGUUAUUGUUUCUGCUGGGACUGUUGCGUCUCCUCAAUUGCUGAUGUUGUCCGGAAUCGGACCCAAAAGUGAGCUCCAAGAAUUGGGAAUUGAGUGCUUAGCGGAUCUACCAGUUGGCAAGAACCUCCAAGAUCAUUUUAUGUGGGGACUCUAUUUGGAAUUCGAUAACAAGACUAGGGUUAAUAAGACUUUCGCCGAUUCGCUGGAUGACGCUUAUGAGUAUCUAGCUCACAAUGACGGAAUACUUGCUACUAUUGGGAGAUCGGAUGUCCACGCGUUUGUUAAUCUGGAAAAUCCUGACGCGAUUUAUCCGGAUAUACAGUUAAUUACCAGUACCUUUCCAAAAGGAUCUACUGAGAAGUUCAAUACGCUGCUGAAAAGUUACGAUUUUACUGAUGAGAUUAGAAGUUAUUUUGUUGAUAUAGUGAAAUCUAAGGAUGUUAUUUUGAUGAGUCCGAUUGUGUUAAACCCGAAAAGUGUUGGGGAAAUAAAGCUCCGUAGUAAGUCACCAGAAGACAGGGUUAGAAUUUUUCCAAAUCAUCUAGGGGAUGAUCGAGACAAAGAUACGUUGCUUAGAAAUGUCGAGUUUGUCAAAAACUUGACCAAUACUGAACCUUUCAAGAAUCUUGGAGUGAAGUUGGUCAACAGUACGAUUCCUGGGUGUAAGGAGUUUAAAUUUGACACUGCUGAGUACUGGGAAUGCCAUCUUAAGCAUGUCGCUCAUCCGUUCUAUCAUCCGGUAGGGACAGUGAGGAUGGGAACACCUGAGAAUCCGAAAUCUGUCGUUGAUUCGAAGUUGAGGGUUCUCGGAGUUGAUAAUUUGAGGGUUAUUGAUGCUUCAAUUAUGCCGUAUGUUCCGAGUGGGAAUAUCAAUGCUGCGGUUUAUAUGAUUGCGGAAAAAGGGGCGGAUUUGAUCAAGGCUAAUUGGAUUGGGCAAAUAACCUUUUUGGCGGCAAAAUACAGUUUCUCAAAAAUAGACGACUAUCCUCCGGAUCGAACAUCCGAAAUCUUGGAAAAUCUUGAAGAACCAUAUGAUUUUAUAAUUGUUGGUGCAGGAACAGCUGGAUCGGCUUUGGCAUCGCGCUUAUCUGAACAAUCUAAUUGGAAAGUGUUAGUCUUAGAAUCUGGGACAUAUCCUUCGCCAACUAGUGAUGUUCCUGGCCUAUUUUUGGAACUUCAAAAAACUGCAGAAGCUUACACUUAUCUGGAGGAGCCACAAAAUGAUUUUUGCUUGGGAAUGAUCGACAAAAGAAGCAAGUGGGCAGGAGGUAGAGUUUUAGGUGGAAGUUCUUCUAUCAAUGGUAUGAUAUAUCUUUACGGAAAUCCUAGUGAUUACGACUCGUGGGCCGCUGAAGGCAAUCCUGGCUGGAGCUACGAUGAUGUUCUGCCUUAUUUCAAGAAGGCCAACAGCUAUCCACGUGAAAUUAUCGAAAAGUAUGGCGACAAGUACUUGGGUACUGAUGGACCUAUCAUUGUACGAUCAAUGAACUACACAAAUCACUUCCAUGAUCUGUUUUUAGAAGCUGCAGCAGAAACUGGCGUGCCAAAAAUUGACAUUUUCAACACUGAUAAGUUUAUUGGUUUCGGAAGAUCACAUAUGGCUGCAAACAAUGGACACCGUGUUAGUACAGCGAAAGCUUAUUUAUCUCCAGUAAGAAAUCGAAAAAACCUUUUUUUGAUGACUUCUGCUCAGGCUGAUCUAGUUUUGAUAAAUAAUAAACAAGCUACUGGAGUUCGUGUUACACUAAAAAAUAACAAAACCGUCGAGUUGAGAGCAUCGAAAGAAGUUAUCGUUUCUGCUGGAGCUAUGGGGUCUCCAAAACUAUUGAUGUUAUCCGGUAUCGGACCAAAACAACACCUGGAAGAAUUUGGAAUUAGGUGUCUCGCUGAUUUGCCGGUUGGGAAAAACCUCCAAGACCACUUAAUUUGGCAAGGAAUUGUCUUUGAAUUCAAAAAUCCGUCACAUGGAAGUUAUUCUCCAACACCCUUAGAAGAUGAAGCGUACGAGUUCUUACUGCGUAACGAAGAUACACUGACUACUUCCGGCGGAAUAGACUUAAUGGGUUUUAUCAAUGUUGAAAACUCUUCUUCAAAAUAUCCUGAUGUUCAAUUUCACGUAUUUUACUCACCUAAAGGCGGCGAUGAGGUCGCGAAGGGACUCAAGGUCUCUCCUUUUUCGCCAGAAUUGAUAAAUAUUCUUGCCAACUCAUCGACUUCCGAUAUUUUUUUGGUAACUCCUAUUUUGCUCAAACCAAAAAGCUCUGGAGAAGUUAAGCUAAGGAGUAAGUCACCUAACGAUCAGGUCAAAAUUUUCCAAAAUUAUCUCGCGGAUAAUCGAGAUAAAGUAACUUUGUUAGAAUCCUUGGAAUUUGUUAAAAGUCUAUUGGAAACUAAGACUUUCAAAGAUCUUGGAAUUAAAUUACGCAAGCUUGUUAUACCUGGGUGUGAAAAUUUCAAAUUUGAUAGCCCUGCAUACUGGGAAUGCAAUCUUCGACAUACUGGGCGUUCCUUCUGGCAUACAGUUGGAACGGUUCGAAUGGGACCUUCUGAUGAUCCAAAAUCUGUUGUCGAUUCAAACUUAAAAGUAUUGGGAAUCGAUAGACUACGUGUAAUUGACGCUUCAAUCAUGCCAAAUGUUACUGCCGCCAACACUUAUGGCUGUUCACUUGCAAAUUGCACAUCUCCAACCAGCGGACCAACGCCAGUAAUAUUCACUCAGCUACUCCAGACACUUUUGGCGGCAAAAUGCAGUUUCUCAAAAAUAGACGACUAUCCUCCGGAUCGAACAUCCGAAAUUUUGGAAAAUCUUGAAGAACCGUUUGAUUUUAUAAUUGUUGGUGCAGGAGUAGCUGGAUCGGCUUUGGCAUCGCGCUUAUCUGAACAACCUAAUUGGAAAGUGUUACUUAUUGAAGCUGGGACAUACCCUACGCCAACUAGUGAUGUUCCUGGCCUAUUUUUGGAACUUCAAAAAUCUGCAGAAACUUAUUAUUACCUGGAAGAGCCGCAGAAUGAUUUUUGCUUGGGGAUGAUCGACGGAAGAAGCAAGUGGACAGGAGGUAAGGCUGUAGGUGGAGGUUCUUCUGUCAAUGGUAUGUUAUAUCUUUACGGAACUCCUAGUGAUUACGACUCGUGGGCCGCGGAGGGCAAUCCUGGCUGGAGCUACAAUGAUGUUUUGCCUUAUUUAAAGAAGUCAAACAAUUAUCCACGCGAAACUAUCGAAAAAUAUGGCGACAAGUAUCUGGGUACCGAUGGACCUAUCAGUGUACGAUUGAUGAACUACACAAGUCAUUUUCAGGAGCUGUUUUCAGAAGCUGUAGCAGAAACUGGCGUGCCAAAAAUUGACAUUUUCAACACUGAUAAAUUUAUCGGAUUCGGAAAAUCACAUAUGACUGCAAAUAAUGGACAUCGUGUUAGUACAGCGAAAGCUUAUCUAUCUCCAGUGAGAAAUCGAAAAAAUCUCUUUUUGAUGACUUCUGCUCGGGCUGAUGUAGUUUUGAUGAAUAAUAACCAAGCUACUGGAGUGCGUGUUACACUAAAAAAUAACAAAACCGUCGAGUUGAGAGCAUCAAAAGAAGUUAUCGUUUCUGCUGGAGUUAUGGAAUCUCCAAAGCUAUUGAUGCUAUCUGGUAUCGGACCGAAAGAACACCUGGAAGAAUUUGGAAUCGAGUGUCUUGUUGAUCUACCGGUUGGAAAACACCUCCAGGACCACGUAAGUUGGCAAGGAAUUGUCUUUGAAUUUAAAAACCAAUCACAUGCAAAUGAAUCUCUAACCCCCUCAGAAGAUAAAGCUUACGAGUUUUUACUUCAUAGAAGAGGUAAAUUGACUACUUCCGGUGAACUGCAAUUCAUGGGUCUCAUCAAUGUUGAAAACUCUUCUUCAAAGUAUCCUGAUAUUCAAUUUCACGCAUAUCACUCACCUCAAGGCGAUGAUGAGGUUGCCACGGGAUUCAAGGUCUAUCCUUUUUCGCCAAAAUUGGUUAAUAUUCUUACCAACACAUCGACGUCCGAUAUUGUUUCGGUGACUCCUGUUUUGCUCAAACCCAAAAGCUCUGGGGAAGUUAAGCUAAGGAGUAGGUCACCUAGCGAUCAGGUCAAAAUCUUCCAAAAUUAUCUCGCUGACAAUCGAGAUAAGGUUACUUUGUUAAAAUCCUUGGAAUUUAUUAAAAGUAUUUUGGAAACUAAGACUUUCAAAGAUCUUGGAGUUAAAUUACGUGAGGCUGUGAUACCUGGGUGUGAUUUUAAAUUUGACACUCCUGAAUAUUGGGAAUGCAAUCUUCGACACACUGCGCAUUCCUACUUUCAUGCAGUAGGAACGGUUCGGAUGGGACCUUCUGAUGAUCCAAAAUCUGUUGUUGAUUCAAAUUUGAAAGUUUUGGGAAUUGUUAGACUUCGUGUAGUUGACGCUUCAAUCAUGCCAAAUGUUCCUGCUGCCAAUCCUGAUGCUACUACUUUUGGAUACUCGCAAGAAUUUAGUGUGGACAAUUUGGAAAGUUUAGUGGACGUGGUAACUCCAAAUUACGGAUUUACAGACAACCAAUUCGAAUCUUCUAACAUAAAUAGAAGAAUUUGUGAAGGUUGUGCCGAAGAAGUUAAUCCGCGUUUGUGCUCAAAUAAUUUUCAAAGCUGGGAAACAAAUGGCUUCAAUAGUGAUUAUAAUUGCGUUAAAAAACGCGCUAAAAUAAAGUACCCGAAAAUAAAUGGAUCUUCUAAAAAGUAUGACUUUAUUAUUGUCGGAGCUGGAUCUGCAGGCUGCGUUCUUGCAAAUAGACUGUCCGAGAUUUAUAACUGGAAAAUCUUAUUGCUGGAAGCGGGAAUUGAAGAACCGGAAGUUACUGAUGUCCCAGCAUUCGCGCCGAUAUUAGCUGCUACUAAUAUUGAUUGGCAGUAUCAAACACAGCCGGAUAAAUUUUCUUGUCGGUCAAGAACAGGUCAAGUUUGUGCUUGGGCACGUGGAAAGGUGAUGGGCGGCUCGAGCUCCAUAAAUUACAUGCUUUACGUACGAGGAAAUCGUGGUGACUAUGACGACUGGGCUAGUCUCGGGAAUUACGGAUGGGAUUACGACAGCGUAUUACCAUAUUUCUUAAAGUCUGAAAAUAAUGACGAUCCGGACAUUGUUAAAAAGAAUCCAAAGUACCACAGAACAGGCGGAUAUCUAAAUGUCGAGAGAUUUUCUUACCAGGACAUAAAUUCCCAUAUUCUGUACAACGCUUGGAAAGAACUGGGCUAUCCUGAGGUAGAUUCGAAUGCGGAAAACCAAUUGGGACUGAUGGAACUCCAGACUACGAGCAACGACGGGAUGCGAAUGAGCACAAAUGCGGCUUUCAUCCGCCCAAUUAGACAAAAACGGAAAAAUUUGGUCAUCGAAACUCAAGCUCACGUAAUUAGGGUAGUAAUAGAUCCAAAAACAAGAGUUGCAAUUGGCGUUGAGUACUUGUCAACCAGAACUGGGUUCACCAAAAUGGCGUUUGCUUCCAAAGAAGUAAUUCUAUCAGCCGGGUCGUUGAAUUCUCCCAAAAUUCUUAUGCUUUCCGGAGUCGGACCAGAGCAAGAUUUAAAAUACUUGGGAAUCCCGGUCAUCUAUAACUCCUACGUGGGUUACAAUCUCCAAGACCACGCGACCCUCGACGGCGUUGUCUUUGAUUUGAGCAACAAAACAAGUGUUUCACCAGACUAUGAUGAGAUGUUGAGAGACGUAGAGUAUUACCAGCACACCAAAAGCGGCCGGUUGUCCACAAUGGGUCCGAUAAUCAUAAACAACUUCGUCCAAACGCGCUUCGAAGAAUCCUUCACCAGACCUGACAUUCAGUACAGCUUUGAACCGAUAAACGUCGACGAAUUAUACAAAGAUCCAAUCCAGUACAGGGAAACAGCUGCCUUUCCAAUUACUUACUACAACGGCAUAAUGGCUAAGCCAAUUUUGCUGGCUCCGAGAAGCCGCGGGCUUCUAAGGCUGAACUUCACCGAGCCUAUUUGGGGAGACCCGGAAAUUUACCCGAAUUUCUUCACCGCCUACCCCGAUUUGGAAACACUGAUUGAUGGGAUAGAAACGUCAUUGGAGCUGCUCAACACAGAGUCUUUCAUUGAAAAUAGCUGGAGACUAAGAGAAGAACCUCUGCCGGGUUGUAAACAUUUGCCCUUUGGGACGCGCCAGUAUUGGGCUUGCGUGAUCAUGGAGUACACGGGAACCAUUUUUCAUCCUGUCGGCACGUGUAAAAUGGGGCCAAAGAGUGACAGAUCAGCAGUUGUUGACCCGCAAUUACGGGUCUACGGAGUUGCUUCUUUGCGUGUUGUAGACGCUUCUAUCAUGCCUAAGAUUGUCCGAGGAAACACUAAUGCACCUGUUAUAAUGAUAGCUGAAAAAGUCAGCGACAUGAUUAAGUCUCAUUGCUUCGUUAUCAUUAAUACAAGUGUCGUAGGAGCGAUAAAGGCAGCUGGGCUACUUUUAGUCGGUAAACUGAGUGUUUUGCCGGUGCUGAUAGCCGCUUUGGCGUAUUUCAAUUAUGACUUAAUGGACCCGGAGAACCAUCCCCAGGUGACGAAAAACCUGAGAGCCAAGUAUGACUUCAUAGUGGUCGGCGGAGGGAGCGCGGGGAGUGUCAUCGCGAACAGGCUGACUGAGAAUCCUAAGUGGAAUGUCCUGCUUAUUGAAGCUGGUGGACACGAGACAGAGAUCACUGAUGUUCCCAUUCUCUCGCUCUAUUUGCACAAGAGCAAAGUCGACUGGAAGUACAGGACCCAGCCCCAGUGGUCUGCUUGCCAGGCUAUGGUGGACCAAAGGUGCUGCUGGACCAGGGGAAAGGUCUUGGGAGGCUCGAGCGUUCUCAACACGAUGCUGUACAUCCGCGGAAACAGGCGUGACUUCGACCAAUGGGAGAGCUUCGGAAACACUGGAUGGGGCUACGAAGACGUUUUGCCGUAUUUUAAAAAGUCUGAGGAUCAGCGAAACCCCUACUUGGCUCGGGACAAAAGACACCAUAGUACUGGAGGUUACCUAACGAUCCAAGAAUCUCCAUACAACACUCCCUUGGGAAUGGCAUUCCUGCAAGCGGGUGAAGAAAUGGGCUACGACAUCGUGGACGUAAACGGCGCCCAACAAACAGGAUUCGCGCUUUGGCAAUUCACAAUGCGCCGAGGGACGCGUUGCAGUACUGCCAAGGCCUUCGUAAGGCCUAUAAGACUGCGUCCAAACUUCCACUUGUCCUUAUGGACCCACGUCACCAGAAUCCUCAUAGAUCCCGCCACAAAGCGGGCUUACGGAGUGGAGCUAAUCCGGAACAACAGGUUAGAGGUAAUCUACGCCACCAAGGAAGUUAUAUUAUCAGCGGGUGCAAUUAAUUCACCGCAAUUGUUGAUGUUGUCUGGGAUCGGAGACUCGCAACAUUUGCAGGAAGUCGGCAUCAAACCUCUGGUCCAUUCACCUGGAGUCGGCCAGAAUUUGCAAGAUCACAUUGCAGUGGGUGGGAUUGCUUUUUUAAUAGACUACCCAAUCAGCAUUGUCAUGGGCCGGUUGGUUAACCUGAACUCGGCCUUGCGUUAUGCAAUCACCGAAGACGGUCCAUUGACUUCGAGUGUCGGGUUGGAGGCUGUAGCUUUCAUUUCCACGAAAUACGCAAACCAAACCGAUGACUGGCCAGAUAUUGAAUUCAUGCUGACGUCCGCUUCUGUGAUGUCCGACGGAGGAACCCAAGUUAAAAACGCUCACGGGUUGACAGACGCUUUUUACAACGAAGUUUUUGGCGAAGUCACCAACAAAGACGUCUUUGCAGUCUUUCCGAUGAUGCUCCGGCCGAAAUCUAGGGGCGAAAUCAGGCUCAGGUCCAAAAAUCCUUUAGAGUAUCCGUUGCUUUAUCACAAUUACUUAACAAGGCAAGAAGACGUCGAUGUCUUGCGUGAAGGCGUCAAGGCGGCCAUUGCCCUGGGAGAUACUGUUUCUAUGAAGCGAUUUGGCGCUAGGCUGCAUGACAAACCUUUGCCCAAUUGCAAACAUAUUCCUCUGUACACUGACGAGUACUGGAACUGCUAUAUCAGGCAAUACACUAUGACUAUUUAUCACAUGAGUUGCACGGCCAAAAUGGGCCCUCCGACCGACCCAAUGGCGGUUGUAGAUCCUCAAUUGAGGGUCUAUGGUGUGGAAGGACUCCGAGUUAUCGACGCGUCAAUCAUGCCGACCAUCACUAAUGGAAAUAUCAACGCUCCGGUGAUAAUGAUUGCGGAAAAAGGCGCGGAUAUGAUCAAACAGCAGUGGAUGAAGAGGUGGAAGAGGGAUAAUACUAUGGGUACAAGCACUGUACUGAUUCCGCUGAUUGCUCUGGGAUUGACGUACUACCAAUACAACAGCGCGGAUCCAGAAUCACACCCCACGGACGCUAAAGAGCUAUUUCUAGUCUAUGAUUUCAUCGUCGUAGGAGGCGGAAGCGCUGGAGCCGUGAUUGCCUCGAGGUUGUCGGAGGUUGCAAAUUGGACGGUGCUUCUUCUGGAGGCUGGCGGAGAUGAGAAUGAAGUUUCUGAUGUGCCUGCCUUGGCUGUCUACACCCAACUUUCUGAACUCGACUGGAAGUACCAGACCUCCGUGUCAAAUACCUCCGCGUAUUGUCUAGCGAUGAUUGGCGAUAAAUGCAAUUGGCCACGCGGAAAAGUUCUGGGAGGAAGCAGUGUCCUCAAUGCGAUGGUUUAUGUUCGCGGAAAUCGGCAUGACUACGACAGCUGGGAAUCUCAAGGAAACACAGGUUGGAGCUACGACGAUGUCCUUCCUUACUUCAUAAAAUCAGAAGACAAUCGUAAUCCAUAUCUAGCAAAAACACCUUACCACGGCACAGGUGGUCUGCUGACAGUCCAAGAACCAGCUUGGAGAACCCCAUUGUCAAUAGCAUUCAUCCAAGCGGGCCAGGAAAUGGGUUACACUUUCCGCGACAUAAACGGCGCGAACCAAACAGGAUUCAUGCUAACCCAAGCAACAAUAAGGCGCGGAAGCAGAUGUUCAACCGCGAAAGCGUUCUUGCGACCAGUCAAGAACCGCAAGAAUCUGCACAUUGCAAUGCACGCUCAGGUUCUCAAGCUAUUGUUCAACAAGGACAAGCGAGCCACUGGUGUUGAAUUCCUGCGAGACGGAAGGAAGCAAUUCGCACAUGUACGUCGCGAAGUUAUUCUUUCAGCAGGGGCUAUAGAUUCUCCUCAAUUGCUGAUGCUGUCAGGAAUUGGACCAAGAGAGCACCUGGAUGAUCUGGGAAUCCCUAUUCUGUCUGAUCUUAGAGUUGGAGAUAACUUGCAAGACCACGUGGGUCUAGGCGGGCUGACAUUUUUGAUCGACGAGCCGAUAACUUUCAAAAAGUCACGCUUUCAGUCUUUUUCCGUUGCGAUGGAGUACAUUUUGAAUGAACGCGGACCAAUGAGCAAUCCAGGGAUCGAGGCCGUUGCCUUCGUCAAUUCCAAGUUCGCUGAUCGGUCUAUUGAUUGGCCAGACGUUCAAUUUCACUUCGGGCCAAGUUCAAUCAGCUCUGACGACGGAGAUUACAUCAGAAAAGCCUGCAACUUGAGAGAUCGCGUGUACAAUGUCAUGUACAAGCCGCUGGAGAAAGCCGAAGCCUGGACGAUUCUUCCCUUGUUGCUCAGGCCCAAAAGCACCGGCUGGAUCCGGCUCAAAAGCAGGAACCCCUUCGUACAUCCUGAUAUCAAUCCGAAUUAUUUUGCACACAAAGAAGAUAUUGAUAUUCUGGUUGACGCGAUCAGAAUCGCAAUGGAAGUCUCCAACACUACGGCUUUCCAGAGAUUUGGAUCCCGGCCUCUCACUAUUCCGAUGCCCGGGUGUCAGCAUUUUGAGUUUGAUACUUAUGAAUAUUGGGAGUGCGCGAUAAGACACUUCACUUUUACGAUUUAUCAUCCAGCGGGGACAUGUAAAAUGGGACCUAGAAGUGAUCCUACUGCUGUUGUUGAUUCUAGGUUGAGGGUUUAUGGUGUUAAAGGGCUCAGAGUCGCGGAUGCUUCUAUUAUGCCCACUAUUGUCAGUGGAAAUCCUAAUGCUCCUGUUAUUAUGAUCGGGGAAAAGGUCAGCGAUAUGAUCAAAGAAGACUGGAGGGUUGGCAGGACCUCGACCCUAAAAAGUGCCCUGGGUUUGAUGGGAACUGGUUUUUGGUUGGUUCCUUUGGUGAUAAUCGGCCUCUCCUACUACCGAUACGACCAGUUAGACCCAGAGAACCGGAUCAUUGAUCGCCACCCUCUGGAUCCUCAAUACGACUUCAUAAUAAUCGGCGGAGGAUCUGCAGGAGCUGUGGUGGCAAGUCGGCUGACUGAAAUCCCAGAUUGGAAGGUCCUCCUGCUAGAAGCCGGACCCGACGAGAACGAAAUCACAGACGUCCCGUCCCUAGCAGCGUAUCUCCAACUAAGCAAGCUAGAUUGGAAGUACAAAACUGAACCCAGCGGGACUUCUUGCAUGGCGAUGAAAAACGGACGCUGCAAUUGGCCAAGGGGCAAAGUAAUGGGCGGAUCAUCAACCUUGAACUACAUGCUCUACGUCCGAGGGAACAGGUUCGACUACGACCACUGGGAGGCUUUGGGAAACCCUGGAUGGGGCUACGAGCAAGCGCUCUACUACUUCAAGAAGUCUGAAGACAAUCGCAAUCCUUACUUAAGAAACAGUCCUUAUCACGGAACAGGCGGUUACUUGACCGUUCAAGAGUCUCCUUGGAGGACACCACUGGUCGUUGCUUUUGUACAAGCUGGGACAGAACUCGGCUAUGAAAAUCGGGACAUUAACGGAGAGUAUCAAACGGGAUUCAUGAUUGCUCAAGGGACGAUAAGACGCGGCAGCAGAUGCUCAACUUCCAAGGCCUUUCUUCGGCCGGUUAGAUUAAGGAAGAAUUUGCACGUCGCGAUGAAUACCCAUGUUACCAGAAUACUGAUAGAUCCCUUGAGUUCGCGGGCCAUGGGGGUCGAAAUCUAUCGCGAUGGCAAGAAGCAAGUUAUCAGAGCCAGAAAAGAGGUCAUUUUAUCAGCCGGAGCGAUUAAUUCUCCACAAUUGUUGAUGCUUUCUGGCGUGGGACAUAGAUACCAUUUGCAAGAAAUGGGAAUUCCGGUUUUAAAGGAUCUGCCAGUUGGAGAUAAUCUUCAGGACCAUGUAGGAAUGGCGGGACUUACUUUCCUGGUGGACAAGCCAGUCUCUAUUGUCCAGGACCGGUUUCAACCCGCGCAAAUCACCACUAAUUAUGUGAUCAACGGAAGAGGUCCUAUGACCACUUUGGGAGGCGUUGAAGGCUACGCUUUUAUCAAUACUAAGUAUGCCAAUGAAACGGGGCUGUAUCCUGAUAUUCAGCUGCACAUGGCGCCCGCUUCGCUGAGUUCUGAUGCAGGAGUCCAGGUCAGAAAGGUUCUGAGUCUCACUGAUGAGGUUUAUGACACGGUUUUCAGGCCAAUUACUAAUAAAGAUGCCUGGACGCUAAUGCCGCUGCUUCUAAGGCCUAAAUCCAGAGGGACUGUUAGGUUGAGGAACAGUAAUCCUUUUGCUAGUCCGCUGAUCAAUACUAAUUACUUCGCGGAGCCUGAGGAUAUGACUAGAUUGGUUGAGGGCGCGAAACUCGCGGUUAGGAUCAGUGAGGCCAAGGUUUUUAAGCAGUUUGGUUCCAGGAUUCACAGGAUUAAGAUUCCUGGGUGCAGGCAGUUUAAAUUUGCGAGUGAUCAGUACUGGGAGUGUCAUAUCAGGCAUAUUACUAUGACUAUUUAUCAUCCGGUUGGGACGGCUAAAAUGGGCCCGGUUGAUGAUCCCGGGGCUGUUGUUGAUCCUAGGUUGAGGGUUCAUGGGAUUGAUAACUUGAGAGUUAUCGAUGCUUCAAUUAUGCCGACUAUCAGCAGUGGGAAUACUAAUGCGCCGGUUAUUAUGAUUGCGGAAAAGGGAUCUGAUAUGAUUAAAAAUGACUGGCUUGCUACCCAAAGAUGA